AUGCUGUCAUUGAGCGACCGCGAGACGCGCGGGAUGGACAUGAAGAAGGUGCUUUCGCAGGUCUCGUCGCUCGAGUACCUGGACCUGUCUUCAUCGGAGAACAAUUCCGCCGCGUGCAAUGUCCUCUAUGCACUUGCUGACCGCUUUGGUUCAGCCGACGGCACCGUGUCGUUCCUUCCUCGCCUCAAGAAGUUCAAAUCAUUCAAUACCCCUCCUACUUUCUCUUUGGACGUAAUUCCGAGGAUCUUCGGUGUCAUUUUUGACAAUAUGGAUUUCACAUCCCCAGCCAGCAUUCCAAAACGGCCGGUUCUACAGAGUGUCACUAUUCACCUUAAUCCGGGACCAGAUACUAAUGAAGUGGACCCGCAAACGAUGCAGAAAUACCUUUAUCUACAAAGGAUCGGAAUCGAGCUGGAGAUUGACCCACCUCUUUUGUCUUCUCAUCGCAGUAAUAGGGAAGGUCAGAACAGGGGAGAUCAGAAUGGACGGUUCUCACCGGUUUUUCCAUUCGAUUCUGGUUCCGGUUCUGAGAAGGAACCAAGUCCUCAAUAA